CAAUGGGGGCCCACUAACUCUGUAGGGGUUUGGCAGCUAUAAAAGCAAGAGUUAAAGGACACAGGACAGCAGUGCAGCACCAGCAACAGCAACAGCAGCAGCUCAUCUACAAAUAUGUCCACCACUGACAUGAGCAUGGGAAAGAUCACCUUCUACGAGGAGAAGAACUUCCAGGGUCGCUCCUAUGAGUGCAUGAGCGACUGCGCUGACAUGUCCUCCUACCUGAGCAGGUGCCACUCCUGCAGGGUUGAGAGCGGCUGCUUCAUGGUCUACGAUCGCAACAACUACAUGGGAAACCAGUACUUCAUGAGGAGGGGCGAGUACUCCGACUACACGAGCAUGGGAAUGAGCAGUGGCAUCAAGUCUUGCCGUAUGAUCCCCAUGCACAGAGGACAGUUCAGGAUGAGGAUCUACGAGAGGGAGAACUUCGGUGGUCAGAUGCACGAGAUGAUGGACGACUGUGACAACAUCAUGGACCGUUACCGCAUGAACGACUGCCAGUCCUGCAACGUGAUGGACGGCCACUGGCUGAUGUACGAGCAGGCCCAGUACAGAGGCAGGAUGAUGUACAUGAGGCCCGGAGAGUACAGGAGCUUCAGGGACAUGGGCAUGAGCGGCAUGAAGUUCAUGAGCAUGAGGCGUAUCACCGAUAUGUGCUAGACAUUUUCCAUCUUGAAAUAAAAAAGUGAAAGAUAAAAUCUG